AUGCCGGUGACUCCAGCAAACGAUGUGGCUCCUAAUGUUAAAAUGUUCACGAGAGAAGAGAUCAAGAACCAGACUGAUGAUCAGUCUCUACCUCCUAAUGAUGAACCAAUGAAAGAUGCUGUCACUGAUUUGGACGUUUCUAAACCUGCUCGAGCUUUGUCUUCAACGUCAAAGGACAGCAAUGGCGAAGCUGCGACUCGUCUGAAAGAGCAGCAGAAAUCUCCUGGUGAGGGUCGUGGGUUUGAUCUUAUGUCGGUGGAACCGGUUUGUACAGGAGAGAAAGUGCCGCAUGGGCUUCAGCUAGAGCUUGGGAACAAGAGUAUAUUGAGUGGAGACAACAAUAACAACAAUGGCAUCGCAAUGGAGACAGAUCCUAAAAGCUCUGUGUCGAAGAGUGGAUUUAUAGCGAAAUUGUUUGAAGGAGAAGACAAGAAGGUGGACUGUACCAUGGAAGAAAAAGCAACUCCAUCAGCUCAGUAG